GGUGACGAGCAACGGACGAGCCAGCUCUUUCCCAACUCCCAACUUCUUGGUCUGGCGUGUGGACGGCGGCGUAGAUGCGUGGUUGUCGCGGAAGCCGUUUCAUAUAACUCCCAUCGCACCGCGCCGACACCGCCGACGCCGGAGGAGGAUCGGAAUCCAUCAUGUCCAACGCUUUGGCCAAUGGCUUCGCCGGUGCCGGCGGAGGCAUCAUCGCCCAGAUCAUCACUUAUCCCCUCCAAACCGUAAACACUCGGCAGCAGACUGAGAGGACCGCCAAGAAGAAAUCGAUCGCCGCCGACGGCGCCGCCACCGCCCCGCCGGGCGGUGGAACUCUCUUCCAAAUCCUCCAGGUCAUCAGAACGGAAGGCUGGGGAGGACUUUACAGCGGUCUCAAGCCAUCUCUCGUCGGCACAGCCGCAUCGCAGUUUGUGGUCUUUUAUGGCGAUGUCCAGGGCAUAUAUUAUUACUUCUACCAGGUGUUUAAGAACAGGGCGGAGGCGAGAGCGGUCGCCCGCAAGAAGAAAGGUCUCGGCGAUGGCACUGUCGGCAUGUUCUCCUGGCUUAUUGUUGCAGCGGUUGCAGGGUCAGUGAAUGUCCUACUGACUAUUCCGAUAUGGGUUCUUGUGACUCGUAUGCAGACUCAUACACAAGCAGAAAGAAAAAUCAUGGAGGCUAAGAGGGAGGCUAUUCUGAUGGAAGCAUCUGAUGCUGAUGCCACUGAUAUUGAAACUCUUAAGGAAAAGUUGUCUGAACUUGAUUCAGUCAAACCUCGUCCCUAUGGAACCUGUCAUGCGGCAUGGGAGGUUUACAAUGAAGCAGGCAUAAAAGGAUUCUGGAAAGGACUCAUGCCAACACUUAUCAUGGUAUGCAAUCCAUCAAUCCAAUUUAUGAUUUAUGAAACCUCAUUAAAGCGCCUUCAGUCAAAGCAUUCUGAAAACAAGCGUGGGAUGAAAAAUAUCACUCCCUUCGAGGUAUUCUUGUUGGGGGCACUGGCGAAAUUGGGAGCAACAGUUUCAACAUAUCCUUUGUUAGUUGUGAAGUCCAGGCUACAAGCAAAACAAGAAAUCGGCAGGAAUGUCAUGUUAAGAUAUACAGGUACUCUGGAUGCAAUAAUAAAGAUGAUCCAGUAUGAAGGACUGUAUGGAUUUUAUAAAGGGAUGGGCACAAAGAUUGUACAGAGUGUUUUUGCAGCAUCAGUUCUUUUCAUGGUAAAGGAAGAGUUGGUCAAGGCAAUUCUUUUCCUUACUGAUGAGAGCAGGAAAAUCCUGUUAACUUUUGGGAAGCGAUAAACAGUCAGUAGGAAACAUGUUGCUUCCAUCUUGGGUUGUCUCAUGGCUGACGUUCUGAUUGGUAGUAAAAAAAAAGGAUGAUAAAAGAUGGUGCAUUUCUAUUAUGUGUUCUAGGAUAUAUUGCCAUUAUUACACUCAUAAAAUAAACGUACAUUUUGAAUUUAUCUGCUUAUAAGCAUGUUUGUUGCUUUGAAGUGUAAUUUAUCAAGGCUUAUACACAGUUAUUUUUUAAUCCUUUUGAGGAUGAAACAUAUCAUAUUGCAGGUGUUAUUUAGUAA